GGGGAUUGGGGCGACGCGAGGGGCGGGGUUUGCUGAGGAAGAUGGCGACCGCCAGGGGCUUGUCCCUAACGGCGGCGGCCCUGAGAGCGGUCACCCCCUGGCGGAGGAGCAGGCUCCUCGCGGCGUCCGCCCGACCUCCGGCGCUUCGGGAAGCGUCGUCCACCCUUCCGCCGCCCCCGGCCGGGCGGGCCUGACCCCCUCGUUCUGCGUUUCAGAGGCUCCUGGAAAUCACCCAAGGGGCAGAAUUCCUCCGGCUGGAGGUGGAGGGGGGUGGAUGCUCCGGAUUCCAGUACCGAUUUUCGCUGGACACAGUGAUCCACCCCGACGACAGGGUAUUUGAACAGGGCGGGGCCCGAGUGGUGGUUGACGCUGAUAGCUUGGCCUUCGUGAAAGGCGCCCACGUGGACUUCUGCCAGGAGCUGAUCCGAAGCUCCUUCCAAGUGCUCAACAACCCGCAGGCGGAGAAAGGCUGCUCCUGCGGCUCUUCCUUCUCUGUCAAGCUUUGAGGAGAUGGCAGGUGACCCGGAGGUGGCUGCCAGGGUACCCCUUGGAGGCGCCUGGAAUUCGAGGAACCUUAGGGGUUUCCUUCCAAUCAUGUCCCUCUCACGAUUUGAUUUCCCGCAAUCCAGGAGUGUUGUGUGUUGCCACUAUGUUUUCCAGAAUAUGAAGCAAUCUUGACUCUUGACUUAAUUUCUCCUGCACCCUUCUAAGGCCGAGGCUCUAGGACUAGGUGCUGUUCCCCAAGGUUUGUUUAAGAGCUAGUUUGAAAUCCAGUGUAAUCUGGAGAGCCUCCAAGGUUCCAAAAUGUGAGUUGCUUCUCUGGCCUUCAGAGCUGCUUGUACAUAGAUGUAUAACUCUGUAUAAAAGCUUCAUUUAAAGCAA